ACUUUACUUUUCCCUCCUGGAGCACGGAUACGUGCGAGGUGUUGUUCAGGGUGCGCACACAUCCUGAGAUGACUUUGAAUCGCUGUAGGUGGAGCUGGAAAUAAAUCUGUAGUGAUCAAUUACCUGCUUGAUCCAUAUAACUGCGUCCUCGUCGGCAGGAGAGCGGAUGAGGAGGGAAGGUCACUUGCAUGGAGGCAAACAGCCAUUUCUGCAUAUUCCUGCAUAGCAAUUGGUGAUUCAUGCAAAUUAUCCUGUUGAAUAAAUGACCCUGAUUCUGUUGCGGCUGCACGGAGAUCUUGCGUCACGCGGUUUUCACUUGAGUCUGGAGUCGAGUUUCUUCCCCUCGGGACUCGAGGAAGCAUUAAUUCUGCAGUUUUGUCUGUCAGGAGAUGAAACUUUCUCCUCCUUCAGCAUUUGUCUAAAUGAGCUUGCAUCAUGAAUACAGCGUCGUUAACAUCCACUGAUCAAUUAUUUAACGCCGCCUCUGUGAACGGGUUUGGCUGCAGGUUUAUUGAUUCACCUUUUGAGUUUGAAACGCAAUGAGAUGCAAACUCGGGAGCUCUGCUGAAUAAAAAGUGCUUCAAUUUCUUGUCAAUUUUCUCUCAUCUCCUCCAACUUCUACCUCAUUAAAUGUCGUACUUCUUGAGUUUUCUUCCUUCUGCUUCUUUCUCCAGUGCGGACGGAGACUUCGCCGUGACCCACAUGACCAAGGCCCAGCUGUUUCACACGGGCCGCGUCCUCUGGGUGCCGCCGGCCAUCUACAAGUCGUCCUGCUCCAUCGACGUCACCUUCUUCCCCUUCGACCAGCAGAGCUGCAAGAUGAAGUUCGGCUCCUGGACGUACGACCGGGCCAAGAUCGACCUGGAGCCCUUUGAGAACACCGUGGAUCUGAAGGAUUACUGGGAGAGCGGAGAGUGGGCGAUUGUGAACGCCGUGGGCACCUAUAACACCAAGAAAUACGACUGCUGCCACGAGAUCUACCCGGACAUCACCUACUACUUCGUCAUCCGCCGCCUCCCGUUGUUCUACACCAUCAACCUCAUCAUCCCCUGCCUCCUCAUCUCCUGCCUGACCGUGCUGGUGUUCUACCUGCCGUCGGACUGUGGCGAGAAAAUCACACUGUGCAUCUCCGUGCUGCUGUCGCUCACCGUCUUCCUGCUGCUCAUCACCGAGAUCAUCCCGUCCACGUCGCUGGUUAUUCCGCUGAUCGGGGAGUACCUGCUCUUCACCAUGAUUUUCGUCACGCUGUCGAUCGCCAUCACCGUGUUCGUGCUGAACGUGCACCACCGGUCGUCGGCGACGCACACCAUGCCCCGGUGGGUUCGGAGGCUCUUCCUGUGUUCGGUGCCUCGCUGGCUGUGCAUGAAGCGUCCACAUCACGAUCGGAGGCCUGUCAGGCGAAGACGCCUAACUGAUAGGCUCCUCCCUGUCUGGACCCCUGGCCCCCCCAACAUCACAUCUACCUGGAUCACUGAGGAGUCGGACAUCGAUCUCCAUGGUUACCAGCAUGACAACGGUUGCCACGACAGCCACCAGCUGGACUCCUUGGACAGCGGAGAUGAAAUUCACUACUGCGAUAUUCAUGGUUACUCAAACCUGCCGAGGUCGGGGGUGAAGAUAAGCGGCCGUUCGAGGAUUUCCUCCCUCUCUCCACCUUCCCCUCCAUCUCCUGGUUACACCCUCCUCCAACAGAGACGCUCCACACUCAGUUUGGACUGGGACACCCCUCCUGUGGAGCAUGGUUUGAUCCAGAGCCCAUCCGGCGCUGUUCUGUCUCCUGCGGUGGUGUCAGCCCUGGAGGGGGUCACCUACAUCGCAGAGCAUCUGAGAGCAGAGGAUGCAGACUUCUCGGUGAAGGAGGACUGGAAGUACGUGGCCAUGGUCGUAGACCGGAUCUUCCUGUGGAUGUUCAUCAUCGUGUGUCUGCUGGGGACGGUCGGACUCUUCCUGCCUCCGUGGCUCUCUGGGAUGAUUUAGAUUUACACCUAAUGUCAAAAGAAAGAAAAUAUUAAACUAAUAAAUACCUUGUUCGGGAAA